AUGUCUGCAGAGGAGUCCCAGCAGGCCGUCCAGGACCCCAGCCAGGUCGCCGAGUCUCUGCAGCGCCUGAGCGUCAACGAGGAUGGCGACGUCCAACCGCGCACCGAGCAAGAGUAUGCCGAGUCGCAGCUCACUCUUCGCGCCAUUGUGUCGUCCAAGGAAGCUGGAGUCAUCAUAGGGAAGGCAGGCAAGAACGUUGCUGACCUCCGCGACGAGACUGGUGUGCGCGCAGGCGUCAGCAAGGUUGUCCAGGGCGUUCAUGACCGCGUCUUGUCCGUCACCGGGCCGCUCUCUGGCAUCUCCAAAGCAUAUGGCCUGGUCGCAAAGGGACUGCUCGAAGGAGCGCCCCAGAUGGGCAUGGGCGGCCUGCUUCGGAGUGACGGCACUCAUCCCAUCCGCCUGCUCAUCUCGCACAACCAGAUGGGCACCAUCAUCGGACGCCAGGGCCUGAAGAUCAAGCAAAUCCAGGAUGCCUCCGGUGUGCGCAUGGUUGCGCAGAAGGAGAUGCUUCCCCAGUCCACGGAGCGCAUUGUCGAAGUCCAGGGUUCCCCGCAAGGCAUCGAGAAGGCUGUGUGGGAGAUUGGCAAGUGCUUGAUUGACGACCAUGAGCGCGGCUACGGUACCGUGCUAUACAACCCUGCUGUGAGGGUCCAGCCUGGCGUUGCUCCCUUGUCGUCCAAUGGCAUCAACAGCGGUGGACGCUCGUACAAUCGCACUGGGCACGGUGCAGACUUUAGCGAUUCGCCUCCUACCUACAGCCGACGAUCCGGAUCGGAUGCUGCGAGUCGCCCACCGCCUCCGACGCACACCGAAGAUGGUGAAGAGAUGCAGACGCAGAACAUCAGCAUCCCCUCGGACAUGGUUGGUUGCAUUAUCGGCCGCGGCGGCAGCAAGAUUAGCGAGAUCCGCAAGAGCUCUGGCGCGCGCAUCUCGAUCGCGAAGGCUCCCCAUGAUGAAACCGGCGAGCGCAUGUUCACGAUCACCGGAAGCGCCGGCGCCAAUGAGAAGGCACUGUACCUCUUGUAUGAGAACUUGGAGGCCGAGAAGAUGCGUCGCAGCCAAGCUGCAGAAUAG